GUCUCUGCAUCCCACCCUCCCUCCCUCCGCAUCGUGGUCUCUUCUUCCCCUUCGUUCCUCUCUCUCUUUCUCUCUCGCCUCGCUGGGAUCAGAUCUCCAGCGGAGGAGGAGAAGAGAAGCGCCGAGUUCUACAUUUCUGCCCACCAUUCUCUCGAUCUUUUGAGCUCCGUUCGUCUGCUGUCGUAUUGGUUUAGGAGGAGACAGAGCUCCUCUGUUCCUCGUUUCUCUCGUGUGGAGUGGGUGAAAGGGAGUGGGAUCUGCGCCUGAACAACGUCUCUGUGUCCCCUGUUUCGCUUCUCUGUUUCCCUUCCUUUCUUAUUCCUAGAUCCGUAGCGGAGGAAAAAGCUUGCAAGUACUCCAGCCCAAAGGGACCGACAGUGCUGCUCCACCUCAUUUGCCUUUGUGACUUUUAAGCUCUGUCCUUCGCAGAUCCUUCCGCUUCCACGUUCUCUGUCCUCCGAGCUACUUUACAGGAGGGAGGCAGGGAGAGAAGGCGAGGAAGGAGGAGGAGAGGAGAUGGAUAGGCUUUCUUCGACGCCCGUUCUGCCGAGGAGGAAUGACGACGUCACGCAGUUGGGGAUGGUGUGGGAGCAGGUCAAGGCGCCGGUGAUCGUCCCCCUGCUGCGCAUCGCGGUGUUCCUGUGCCUGGCCAUGUCGGUCAUGCUCUUCGUGGAGAAGGUGUACAUGGCCACCGUCAUCCUCGCCGUCAAGCUCCUCCGGAGGCGGCCGGAGACGCGCUACAAGUGGGAGCCCAUGGAGGACGACAUGGAGCGAGGCAGUGCAGCGUACCCCAUGGUCCUCGUCCAAAUCCCCAUGUUCAACGAAAAGGAGGUAUACCAGCUCUCCAUCGGAGCUGCAUGUGGGCUUUCAUGGCCGUCAGAUCGUCUCAUAAUCCAAGUGCUCGACGACUCCACCGAUCCCGCCAUUAAGGAGAUGGUGCAGGUAGAGUGCCGGAGGUGGGCGAGCAAGGGGGUGAACAUACGGUACGAGAUCAGGGACAACAGGGUAGGCUACAAGGCUGGGGCGCUCAAGAUGGGGAUGAAGCACAGAUACGUCAAGGACUGCGACUACGUCGUCAUCUUCGACGCCGACUUCCAGCCGGAUCCCGACUUCCUCUGUCGCACCAUCCCGUUCCUCAUCCACAACCCCCAGAUCGGCCUCGUCCAGGGCCGCUGGAGAUUCGUGAACGCGGAUGAAUGCUUGAUGACAAGGAUGCAGGAGAUGUCCUUGGAUUACCAUUUUGCUAUCGAGCAGGAAGUGGGAUCCUCCACCUAUGCUUUCUUCGGAUUCAAUGGAACUGCUGGGGUAUGGCGGAUUGCAGCUAUCAAUGAAGCCGGAGGUUGGAAGGAUCGGACCACUGUAGAGGACAUGGACUUGGCUGUUCGAGCAAGCCUCAAGGGCUGGAAAUUUAUAUUCCUCAACGACCUCGGGGUGAAAAGCGAGCUACCAAGUACUUUCAAGGCCUUUCGCCAUCAGCAACACAGAUGGUCGUGUGGACCAGCGAACUUGUUCAGGAAAAUGGUGGUGGAGAUCUCCAAGAACAAGGUAUGUUCCCUGUGUGUUAGAAACACCCACAACUUUUCCAGAGAUUCUAAUUGGCUUUGUGAUGCCUCCUUGACAAUGCAGAAAGUAUCCCUGUGGACCAAAGUUUAUGUGAUAUACAGCUUCUUCUUCAUCCGCAAGAUUGUGGGUCAUAUAGUGACCUUUAUAUUUUACUGCUUGGUGAUCCCUGCCACUGUCUUUGUUCCUGAAGUGGAAAUACCAAUGUGGGGUUUAGUCUACCUACCUUCCGUCAUUACAAUGCUGAAUUCUGUUGGGACGCCGAGGUCACUUCACUUGCUGGUGUUCUGGGUCCUUUUCGAGAAUGUCAUGUCUCUGCAUAGAACAAAAGCAACCUUGAGUGGCCUCCUGGAUUUAGGGAGAGUUAAUGAAUGGGUGGUCACUGAGAAGCUCGGGGAUAUUAUGAAGACAAAAUUGCCUACCAAAGCAGCUAAGAAGCCAAGAGUCAGGAUUGGCGAUAGGUUACAUAAAAUGGAGCUCUUUACUGGGGCCUAUCUCUUCUUCUGUGCAUGCUAUGAUCUGAAGUAUGGGAAGAACCAUUACUUCCUCUACCUCUUCCUCCAGUCGAUCACCUUCUUCAUCGUUGGAUUUGGUUAUGUUGGCACCUACAUUCCACAAUCCUAAUGGGCAUAGUUCGAUAUGCUGCCAAAACUUUUUCGUGUACCUUCUGGCGGUGCUGUAUCUUUUACCCGGGUAGCAUACUUCAACUUAAGCAGUCAUGGAUGCUUGAAGAGAAGAGAAGCAUAAUCCUGCAGAAAAGGAUUCUUGUGUGAAUACUAAGUUGAAUGAGUAUAAGUAUGAUGGUUUACAUAAUGUAGUAGAUAAGUCUGUUUCAAUCUCCCCAACAGCAGCUGCAACUGCAGUAGAGAGUGGUUCUAGCUUGAAGAAGAUGAUGUGUGGAAGCAGACAUCAUCUUAAGAACCCAAUAAUUUAAUGUAAGAGUGUUUCUUGCAAGAUGUCAUUCCAGUAUUGUGAUUCUGGUACCUUCAGGUUUCAUAUUACAAUUUGCUGA